AUGGACAGCGAACGUCCCCUGAAGCGCCCACGCCUCGCUUCACUCCAAGAGAAUGUCCAGCCAGCACCAGCAGAUACCUAUCCAGAAUCGCCAUGGGACCACCUAUCGAGUCCUUAUCCCCUGGCAGACUACUAUAACACUUCCCCAGCAGUGAACACCAGCGACCCCUUCCAGUCCCCAGCCGCCAGCUGGACCCAAGACGGCUUUUCACAGGAUCCAGGGUAUCUCGCUUCCCAGGAAAAAUUGCGUUGCAUUCUUUUCUCCUUGGCGAACUCGACUGCUCCGACACGAGUAUCCAGUCCAGACAUCGGGCAAGUGAAAAGAUCAGAGCCAAUACCUUCAUUACGACCUCAAUCCGAACAAAGAGGCGAGCUCCAACCAUCUCUCUCUAGCGGACGACGAAUCGAAUAUCUAAAGAACUACGUAGCCGAGAUAGCGCCCUGGCUCGACAUGUUCGAUUCCAACUGCACCUUCCGACAACAAGUCCCAGUGCUAGCGCGCACAUUCCCUCCCCUCUCCUACGCCAUGCUUGCCAUCUCGGCCCGACAGAUCGAGCGCAAGAACGGGGUACGGAACUGGUUCGACAGUCUCGAACUAUACCAGGAGGCUAUUCGACGACUGAGUCCACUUCUUCAACUACGCGAUCCGAAGAUCGUCGCCGCUUGUGUGCUGCUUUGUUGCUUGGAGAUGAUGUCUGCUCGGGCACAGGAUUGGCGACGCCAUCUCGAGGGCUGUGCGGCGUUGUUCGAUGCCUUUGGGAUUCAUGGGUUUAGUAAGGGGUUGUUGCAGGCGGUGUUUUGGUGUUAUGCUCGGAUGGAUUUGUGCGGUGCGUUGAUCUCGGAUGGUACUCAAACUACGCUUUUGCAUCCUUCGAAAUGGCUUCCUGAGGGUUGUCGGCCAGAGGAUGCGCAUCGGCUGUUUCAGAGUGUCAAGUCGCCGGAUAUGCAUGCUAAUUAUGCCGUGUAUCUAUGUGUUAAGGCAACGGAACUCGUGUCGGAUCGGACAAAGUUUGUGGAACUGGGUGAAGAUAAUGGAUGCACUCCGGACAGAUUCUCUGCACGGUGGAUGACUCUUUGGAAUGAUCUACAAUACUGGCUAUCGGAGCGUCCUAGUGAGCUGCUUCCGGUGCAGACAGUCAACCGCAAACCUUUCCCCCACAUUUUAUUCGUCCACUGGGCUGCUAUUUCCUCGACCCAACUAUAUCACACAGCGUGUAUACUACUCUUGAAGAUGAUGCCCAAAGGCAUCCGGCUUCCACGGUCACCAACCCUAUUCGCUCUAUGGCAUGCGCGUCGAAUAUGCGGCAUUUCACUAGCUAAUCCACACCAAGGCCAUACAUCAGAGCAUGAAGAGAUCAUCCGACUGAUUCAGAGUAUCGAGGCCGAAACAGGCUGGGGGACAUGCUGGCGGAUUCGAGAUCUGGAGAUUGCCUGGGGCUGCUCUAUCAGACAUGAGCCGGCAGUCUCUAGGCAAUAA